ACGUUCAUCUGUAUUUUCCCAUCUUUUCCCAUCUUUUCCUUUUUUUCUUGUAUAAUCGACUUUAACGGUCCCUAAUGUCAUGUUCUCGAAUACUCAUGAUCUUCUUUUCUUUUUGGCUUUUCCUUCACCCAACUCGCACCUCCCAUUCGGUCUUCGCUCCCUUCCCACAACGAAAUUCAUGCGGCUUGUUCCACACUCCCUCUCUAAUGAUCAUCUCGCUCAAUCAAAAUCCACGAUCACACUCCUUCUCACGCUGUCCCCCCUGCGUUUGACCAAAUAGUACCAUCAUCAGUAGAAACAUCCGGCAAAUUAUGCUAUAGCACUCCUUCGAUCGCAACUGUGGGCAACCUUCCGCCGGCGGCAUGCAGAUUCCACAUUGCACAUAUAGUACAUACUUCACUGCAUCGGGAGCCAGAACAUCCAUCCGUGCAUCUCUUCCUCGGGCGACCAUUGCCGGCCGGUGCCUCCAUGCUUCGUCAUGCCCUUCUUUGACCCACUAUUAUGGUCCAGGAAAUGACUCAACUAUCGUCAUCGAUUAUUGGCACUCUUGUCCCAAUUUUUGUACCAUAGCCUGGUUGUCACGCUUGUCGGAUUUUCAUCUUUAUCUUGGUACUCUCAUCCAUUCUUUUUGGCCCUUCCGCAGCACAGUCUCUGGUUUCUCUAUUUGCAUCUGCAUUUGCUUUCUCUUCGAUCCGCUUCCUCUUUCCCUUUGCCUUAAUUGCAGUCGUUGUGUUUGUUUGUUCAACACUGUCCGUCCCGCUAUCAUCGCAUCAAAAGGUCCUCUCUGGAAGCUGCCUCGUAGUUCACUAAUACCAUACCCUUCUUGUCUUCGUUAAUCUACCCACGUCUGGCCUGUUGUCCUGUAGCACAUGGAUGCGUUGUUAGCAUGGCAUUUCUCAUCUUUUUCUGAUUUGAGUUUGGGUG